AACUAAGUAUCCCUGAUGGAUCUGAAGGACAGCACCAGUGAGGGCAGCAUGGGCAGCCUGCAGCCUUCCAGCAUCCAGAUUUUUGCCAACACCUCCACGCUCCACGGGAUCCGUCACGUCUUCGUCUACGGGCCAGUGACCAUCCGGCGCCUGCUUUGGACCUUGGCCUUUGUGGGCUCGCUGGGUCUCCUCCUGGUUGAGAGUUCAGACCGGGUGGCUUUCUACUUCUCCUACCAGCACGUCACCAAAGUGGACGAGGUCGUGGCAAACAGCCUGGUCUUCCCCGCUGUCACCAUCUGUAACCUCAACGAGUUUCGCUUUUCCCGGCUCACCACCAAUGACCUGUACCACGCUGGGGAGCUCCUGGCUCUGCUUGAUGUCAACCUGCAGAUCCCCAACCCUCACCUGGCUGACCCGGCCGUCUUAGCCAUCCUCCAAGAGAAGGCCAACUUUAAGCAGUAUAAACCAAAAGUUUUCAACAUGCAGGAGUUCCUGGCACGGGUUGGCCACGACCUGAAGGAUAUGAUGCUGUACUGCAAAUUCAAAGGCCAAGAGUGCAGCCCUGAGGACUUCAAAACUGUGUUUACAAAAUAUGGGAAAUGCUACAUGUUUAACUCAGGAGAAGAAGGACGGCCUCUUCUUACCACGGUUAAGGGUGGGACAGGCAAUGGACUGGAAAUCAUGCUAGACAUACAGCAGGAUGAAUAUUUGCCAAUAUGGGGAGAAACAGAGGAGACAACGUUCGAGGCUGGAGUCAAAGUCCAGAUCCACAGCCAGUCCGAGCCACCCUUUGUCCAGGAGCUGGGGUUUGGGGUGGCCCCUGGAUUCCAGACCUUUGUGGCCACCCAAGAGCAAAGGCUGACGUACCUGCCUCCGCCGUGGGGUGAAUGUCGCUCGUCGGAUAUGGGCUUAGACUUCUUUCCCGUUUACAGUAUCACGGCUUGCAGGAUCGACUGCGAGACCCGGUAUAUUGUGGAAAACUGCAACUGCAAAAUGGUUCACAUGCCAGGGGAUGCUCCCUUCUGUACCCCGGAGCAGUAUAAGGAAUGCGCAGAGCCUGCGCUCGGUUUGCUUGCUGAAAAGGACAGCAAUUACUGCAUCUGCAGAACACCCUGUAACCUGACCAGAUACAACAAAGAGCUCUCCAUGGUCAAGAUCCCCAGCAAGACCUCGGCCAAGUACCUGGAGAAGAAGUUCAACAAGUCGGAAAAAUAUAUCUCAGAGAAUAUUCUUGUGCUGGACAUAUUUUUUGAAGCACUCAACUAUGAGACAAUUGAGCAGAAGAAAGCCUAUGAAGUGGCAGCCUUACUUGGUGACAUUGGAGGCCAGAUGGGGCUAUUUAUCGGUGCUAGCAUCCUCACUAUACUAGAGCUCUUCGAUUAUAUAUAUGAGCUGAUCAAGGAGAAAUUAUUAGACCUACUUGGAAAGGAGGAAGAGGAAGGGAGCCAUGAUGAAAACGUGAGCACUUGCGACCCCAUGCCAAAUCAUUCGGAAACCAUCAGCCACACUGUGAACGUGCCGCUGCAGGCCACCCUGGGAACGCUGGAGGAGAUCGCCUGCUGACACCGUCCGACCGCUCCACAGUGCCAACACCUAAGGAAGGAAAACUGCACAGGAAAGCAGAGACCGAGCUCAGUCUCUGAUUUUCACUACAAGAAGGAACUCGCGGGCCCAGCCAUCCCCUGAAAUCACCAUUACUAACGUCGUAGGCUGAAUUAGAAUAAAGAAACAAAAAGUCGCAGCUCUUGGAUUCUUCUUACGUUCUUGUCCUUCGUGUCAGUCUGUGAUGAAUCUUAAGCUAAGCCGGGUCCCCCGAGGCCGGGCCACCGCCGGGGCUCCUCAGCGCUACCAGUCACCCCAAGGUGAGCAUCCCUGGAGAGGGGCCGGACCGGGUGGCUCUCGGUGGAUCGUCCCCCCCGGCUGCUGUGUCAUGCUCCUCCAUCUGCAGUGCCUGGAUAGUCCG